UAUUCCUGAUAUAUGUAUAUGGAGAGAGAGAGAAAAUUUCGGUGAGUAAAUUGGGGCAUAAUUGCAGAGAAUACUGUUUAGCACACGCACUGUUACACACACAACACACACACAAACGGAGCUCGCAAUCUCGUUUCUCGGGCCAUCCAUUCACGGAUAUCAAGGAAUUUCUGCCUUUUUCAUUUUCCAUUUUUAGAUUAUUUUUUCACCCUCUUUUUUGGCCCCCUUAAUUUUUCCAUGAGCUAUGAUUUUUCUCGAAUUCCCAUUUUCUUUAAUGGGCAGUCCUAUUUGUUGCUCCCUUUCUACUUUGUAGAGAGAGAAACCAAACCCCUCGAUCCCUCUGUUCUAAUUCGAUCUCAUAAAUCUGAAUCAAACCCAUGUUUUAUAUUGGAAAGCAAUAAGCACAUUGCCUAGGUUUUCAAAAGCUUAUCUUUUGAAGAGGGGUCUACUUUGUCUUUCCAUGGCUUGAACUUGAGCAGUCAUGGAUAGCUUCAGUGACGAGGGCGAAGAAUCGCGGUUUUUUGACGCCCUCGAGCACAUUGCACAAGAGCCUGAUGUGGAUAAUGUCUCAUCAUCUAAAGAUUGGGAAUAUGAGCUAUGGACUAGUAUACCUCGAAGUGUUAGGGAGCGCCGCAGCAAAUUCAUUAAAUGGAUGCUGAGCCCCGAUGCAUCUGAGGGAGAGAAUUCUGUGGAUGCCCGUGAUAGUGGUGAUGGUGGUUUUUUCAUUGGAGAUAUUUACAGAAUUAUGGAGGACGAUGGGGCUGUGUUGGGAACUUCAGGUAUCAAAGAUAGUUUCUCUUCUAGCCUCUCUUCUUUGUCUAGUUGGAAUGCUGAUGAUUUGGAUAUGCCCCAUGGAAUCGGUUCAAAUGAUAUCAGUAGGACUUGUAAUGUUGGAACUGAAUUUAGGGUGGUGCAAAAUGACAGGCUAGGAGAGGUUUGGGCCGGUGGGUUGGACCAGUUUCAAUCAUCUGGAAAAUUUGAGGCUCAAUCCUCUCCCUCAGGUCAGCAACUUGUAAAGAGGGAGAUUGAGUUCAAUCAUGAUGCACCUACUUUCAUUGAUAGAUUGAUGGAUAGGUGGUUGAGUAAAUGGCGCUCCAUGAGUUGUAUGAUGAGUGUGAAUGUGAAAGAUGAUAAAGAUGAUGCGAGAUUACAUUGUUUCAGCCAAGCUCAGGGGAAAAAGAAUCGUAGGGUCAAGGUUCAACAUUGUCGGAAAAAGCUAAAAGAACUCUCAGGCCUCUUCACAGGACAAGAUAUCCAAGCCCACGAGGGGUCAAUAUUGGCGAUGAAAUUCAGCCUUGAUGGGCAGUACCUAGCAAGCGCUGGUGAAGACAAGAUUGUGAGAAUAUGGCAAGUGGUGGAAGAUGAGAGAUCAGAAAUGAUUGACAUUCCGGAUGCAGAUCCAUCAUGUGUGUACUUCUCGGUGAAUCAUCUUUCUGAAUUGGCACCUCGCAUAGCGGAAAAAGAUAGAUUUGGUAAAUCUAUGGGGCUGAGAAAGACACCAGACUCUGCCUGUAUUGUUUUCCCUCGAAAGGUUUUCCGUAUUUUAGAGGAGCCAUUGCAUGUUUUCCAUGGACACAGCGGGGAGAUCUUGGAUAUUUCAUGGUCAAAGAAUAAUUGCCUGCUUUCAUCAUCCGUUGAUAAAACUGUUCGCUUGUGGAUGGUCGGGGUUGACCAUUGUGUCAAGGUCUUCCACCAUACAGAUUACGUAACCUGCGUUCAGUUCAACCCUGUCGAUGACGAUUACUUCAUCAGUGGUUCAAUAGAUGGAAAGGUCCGAAUGUGGAGCAUCAGCGGCUCUCAAGUUAUUGACUGGACGGAAACAAAGGACAUAGUCACUGCUGUUUCGUACCGCCCUGAUGCACAGGGAGGGAUCAUUGGUUGUAUUACAGGGACCUGUCACUUCUUCAAUAUAUCAGAUAAUCACUUCCAGCUGGAGAGACAGAUGUGUUUAGCCGGUAAGAAGAAGUCGCCCUGCAAAAGGAUAAUUGGCUUUCAGUUCUUACCACACGACCCAGCAAAAAUCUUGGUUACUUCUGCUGAUUCACAAGUCAGAAUUGUAGAUGGUGCACUAAAUGUGAUCGAAAAAUACAAAGGCCUUCGCAAUACAGGGAACCAGAUUUCUGCCUCGUUAACUCCAUGCGGAAAGCAUAUUGUAUCAGCAUCUGAGGAUUCACAUAUUUAUAUUUGGAGCUAUAAUGGUGAGGGAGAAUCAACUUUCUCACACCCAAAACUUGUUAGGUCAUUCGAAUGCUUCUCAGCUGAUGCCUCCGUUGCUAUAACAUGGCCUGGCUUAAAAUCUAACACGCUCCGCAACAGCUCAGUUCAUUCAUUGCCAUUCUUUUCAUCCACUGGCUUCUCACUAAGCCAAGAUUUUCCCAUAGACUCCAACUCGAGGGGCUCAGCAACAUGGCCGGAGGAAAAGCUUCCUGCACCAAGUCCCCGAGCCAUAACAUCUUCGAUGAGCAAGUCCGAGUACAAGCUCUUCAGGACUUCUUUCCAGAGUUCAUCAACUUCUCAUGCAUGGGGCAUGGUUAUCGUCACCGCUACCUGGGACGGACGGAUUAGGUCAUUCCACAAUUAUGGUCUGCCAAUUCCACUUUAACAUAAGGCAACAUCAGUAUUAGAAACUGGAUAUGAUCUCCUUUGAGAGGCGGCUUUUGUAUGUGCCUGUGAAUUCAUUGCACGAUGGGCUGGCAAGUAACCCUAUCCACUAAAUCGCUACGUAUUUUGGGGGUAUUCGAGGAUUGAGAACCAUUGGGCCCCGUCCGAUGUAAGCACUUAUUUGACAUCAGGUGGGCAACAACAGCUGGCUGGAGUCAAAUAUUUGAAUUCUUGAAAGGGCACAUUGUCAAGAAUAGCUGAGGUUUGCCAUAUCACCUCAUCUUUUCGUUGCUUGGCUUAAUUAUAUCGCUGAUUCUUUAAUUUAUUAAGUCUCGGUGGAUCUUUAUCUGCUGGCCCAUCUGAGAAACUAUGAGAAAGAAACUAUCUCUGCUUGAGAUUGAUGUGCAUUAUAGAGGUGCUCGUGGGGCCUCGAAUUGUCUCUUCCAUACGUUUUUUUCGUGGUGGGACUGUGCUAGAGGAGGGGGUGGUGGCCGGAAUCUGUUGUAGGAAAAGUAGUGGGGAAUGGUUUCUUUGUGGCUGCAUAAUUGAGUUUUCAUUUGUCUGCCAUUUUGAUUCUUGAUGGAAUAGUGAAAGGGAUUACUA